GUACUUGUCGGACUAUUCAGUGAGUGUGGGUAGCAGUGCGUUUUUUGUAACAAUAGAGACGCGCCGUAACAGCUCAGUAAAGCAGGAUGCAUUCUUAUACUGUAAGUAAGCUGAAAGGAAACGUGGAGCCACCGGCGGUGAACAUGAAAGUUGAGGAGGCACUAGCAAUGGAGUUCUUUUUUACGGAGUUGAAUGCGACCGCUACGUGCCUCAUUUGUAGACAGAAAGUAUUAUUUAAGGGGUUUAAUAUGAAGCGGCAUUACAACGCUAAACACGCGGGAAAGUAUGAUAAAUACAGGGGAAGGAUGCGAAAGACCAUGUCCGAUAAGCUUCAUGAAGACUUCAACCACUCCCCAGGGUCUUCGACAUGCCCUGAUUUGAGAAGAGAAUCUGAACCUAAACUGAGCUCCCCAGCCAUGCCAAGUCUAAAGCUGAUAUCUGCAACUGACACACAGUAUUCAGCAGCUGUGCUGAAGUCAAUGAAUGAGCAGCGAAGCCAUGGAUUAUUUUGUGACGUCACCAUUAUCAUACAGGACAAGAAAUUCAGAGCUCACAAAACAAUCUUGUCUGCCUCAAGUACAUAUUUCCACCAGCUCUUCAGCGUAGCUGGACAAGUGAUCGAGUUAAACUUCAUCAGAGCAGAAAUCUUUGAGGAGAUUCUUAAUUACAUUUACAGCGCCAAGAUUUUCCGUGUCCGCUCUGACAUGCUUGAGGAGCUCAUCAAUGCUGGACAGAUACUGGGAGUCAAGUUCAUUGCAAACUUGGGGUCACCAUUAUCACAAGUUAAGGGUCUGCCUGGUUUGUCUAAGGAGACAGGGAGCAAAAGUGACACACCCACAGAGAUGAUGCCCAUCAUCGCAGAGUCUUUCUCAAUAUCCGCAGAGGAAUUCAAUCAGACAAGCAAGCCUGCAGGUAAUGACGAGGACUCGGACAAUGAUGUUAUGUUUGUCUCACGUACAGAUGCACAAACCAGAGCAGCCAAUCAGAAAGCCAACUCUGGUGAGGUCAUUGAUGUGGAUAUAGCUGAUUCAAAAAAUGCAGCACCAAAUCAAAAUGAAGAAUCAAACCAUGCAGUUGCAAAACAGAAAGAGAAAGCCAGAACCCCGUUGAAAACAUAUCCUACAAAGCCUCCAGUCAUUAGUUGUCCAAACCCCAGUUUCCCCAACAGCAGCCCUCUGCGCAGUCCAGACAGCAGCUCCAAUAACUCGUCUUCCCCUGCCAGAGUUUCCUCAGGAAGUGCUCCCACAACGCCAGCCAGGUUAGGCAGUUUCACCCCUGAGCCCUCAAGUGCCUCUCAGACCUCUGAAAACAGUGAUAUAAUGGGAGUCCACAAGAAGCAAGUGUCUGCUUCAUCUCAGCAAGGGGAUUUCAAAGUAAGGCUCUUAGAUGUGUCUGAUAGCCAAGCAAAUCAAACUAACUUACCCAAAUCAGUUAUAGCAGCAAAAAAGACAGUGACGCUGAAUACAGCAACAGAAAUUGAUUCAAUUUCAUCAGGCUGUAAAGUGUAUGCCAAUAUUGGAGAAAACACUUAUGACAUUGUCCCAGUGAAGGACGAUCCAGGCGAAGGGGGCUCUAAAGCCAAUAAAGGGAAGAGAUCAUUAAUGGCAACGCCUGUAAAGCCCCUAGAUAAAGCACCCACAUCCCCGAAGGCCAGCCCGAAGAAGAAGAGGACCAAAACAGAGCUUGAGGAUCACUACGAGCUGAUCAUGGAUGGGAAGACUUUCUAUGUGUGCAUCGUCUGCAAGCGCCCGUACGUGUGUCUGACGAGUCUCCGCCGUCACUUCAACACCCACUCAUGGGAGAAGAAGUACCCGUGUCGCUACUGUAACAAGGUCUUUGCACUGGCCGAGUACAGAACUAAACAUGAAAUCCACCACACAGGAGAGAGGAGGUACCAGUGCUUGGUGUGCAAUGAAAUGUUCAUGAACUACCAGUUACUGUCCACCCACUGCAAGCAAGUCCACAACCAGGAUCCCAGCGGGAGGAAAGAGAAAGAUGAUGCAGACAACAACUUGUACCGACUCCUGCCGUGUAAGACGGUGCAGAUGAAGCCAUACUCGUGGAGUACUGACGGGCAGGGGGUCCCGGUCAUAUCCGAGGAUGGCAGCGUGCAUCACAUAACCAGCGUCGGCGAAGACGUCCACUCCUCCACCCAGACCAGGAUGUUGAACUGGGACGACAUCUUUAUUGAGUCCGAUGCUCACAUGCCGCCUGAUGCUCACAGUCAACCGGAGUCUACCAUGAACAGUCCUCCACAAGGAGCCACAGAGUUUGACUUUGUUAUACCAGAGACCUACUGAGCAACACACGCGCUGCUCCAUUUCCUGUGCCUUUUAGGUGCCCCCGACCCUUUUUUCCUCUUUGGUUCCAUGUCAACAAUAUUCUUAUGUAAUUCUCAUAGUGUCCGCUUAAGGUACAGUCACAUUAGCCUUUCUGUUUAAUGACAUUUAUGGUGUAAUAUUUUAAUGAAUUUCGUGAUGAUGCAAUCUAGAAUAAUGUCAGAGCAGCAGUUGAAGCCGUCUUCAGUUGAAGUGAAAGUGAGACGGAGUGAAUAGUUGCAGGAUGGAAGUGUAAUGUGACCGUACCUUUACUCACAUUACUCUGCUUGUGUAAUAGCCUUGAUCUUUUGUAUCAUUGGAAUAAAUGAUCGUCACAUUAGCAAAAAUACAUAGUUCAGUGUAUGAGGCAAGUUAUAGCUCGAUCAGCUAGAAGAUGUCUGCUGAAGUAUCUGGAGGACAAAGCAUUGAAAUGAGACAUUUCAUUUCUCGUUCUAUUGUUUCUGCAGGUCAUGUUGUUUGAAUCAGUUAAAGACAUUAAGCAUCCCGCUGAGCUCCAUUUCAUAAAAUAUGUGAAACCUAAAUUGAUGAUUUUGUCUGUAACCAGGUAACCCUUUUUUCACAGGAUAUGUAAAAUACAGGAUGAUGCCUGUAAUUAAAUAAAACAUGAUUGCUUACAUUUUAAGUCCAUCACCACCAGAUGCAUCAGUCAUGAAUCUCAGCCUGUAUUUGAAAAUCAGAUGGAUUUUCUGGCCUGAUGAUUCCUUGUUCCCAUUUGAGUGAGAAUGUUAAUAAUGAUCGGAAAAUAUAUUUUUUCAUUGUGUGAUUGUUGGUGAUCCCAUGUGGGUAUUGUUGCAGGGAAGAUAUACAAUGGUUAUUUAAUUUUCCAGUGUUUGGAAAAAAUAGUAAUGGAUUUUUUUGUCCAUUAAACCCCUUCUGUUUUAUUUUGAUACACCUGUACAUUUUUAUUUUCUUUGCUUUCCUUGUGCCCUAAAUGUAAUUUUAAUGCAAAAUCUGCCAGCUUCAUAGUGUAGGCUAGGGAAUUUGCAUACAAAUGUGAUGAUAGGAUUGACAUAAAUUGAGGACUAUGUCAGUCCGUACAUAUAGCACUUAGUGUUGGAUCAGACAGAAGAUUUGUUUGUAAUAUUUUUAUUACAUUUUUAAUCAUGUUCUUCCAUUGUUUUAAAAUUUAGUGAUUGGUCAGUAUGAGUAAAAAAAAAAAGUAGUGCUAACAUGGGAGUCUAUUCUACUUCAU